AUGUCGACUCCCGGUUCUCAAUCCGAGGACAAGCAGGAUGGCUUGUCCAAGGUGAUUAGCCGCAUGCGAACCGUCUUGAGGAGAACGUCGUCGACCAAGUCGUCUCCAAAGGCCACAAAGGAAACGAUUGCCCCGGCUCAGCCUGAGUCUAGCAAAGAACCUGCUUCGCAACCUGAGCCCAAGGCCAAGCCCACCACCGAACCCGCCCCUGAACCGACCUCGUUUUCCAACUGGGGUGCACUCCAGGAGGAGAAAGCCCGCGUUUUAUUCGCCAAGUAUGGAUUGACCCUGGAACCUGGAGAGUGGAAGGCGGCAACCGACGUGCCCGUUCAGCGUGUCACCAAGACCAUCCGCAUGCGCGUCCGCCGUACCUGCCACCGCUGCCAGACCACAUUCGGCCCCGACAAGGUCUGCGUCAACUGCCAGCACGUCCGUUGCAAGAAGUGCCCGCGUCACCCUGCAGCGAAGUCCAAGGACCAGAAAGACCGGACCGAGACCGCGCUCCAGACCAUCGUCGCUCAGAAGAGCCAGCCUGUGCAACCCAAGCCGAAAGAACACAAGCUGACGCUCCCCUCGCGAACCGGCGGCCAGGAUCUCAUCCGCAGGCCUGCCCGGCAGCGAGUGCGACGGACUUGUCACCGCUGCAAUACGAUAUUUGCUCCCCACGCGACUGAAUGCGCCAGCUGCAAGCAUAUUCGGUGCAAGAUUUGUCCUCGUGAUCCACCUAAACUGGACAAAUAUCCCGAUGGCUAUCCCGGCGAUGCAGAACCGCCGUUCCAGCCACCUCCACGGACUUGGAAAAAACCGCGUCAACGGGUGCGGUACAUCUGCCACCAGUGCGAUACUAUCUACCGGUCGGGCGAGAAGACCUGUUCCAGUUGUGGACAGGAGAAGUGUGCUGAAACCAAACGAGACCCGCCCAAAAAACAGAAGCCGGAGCCAGACCCCGAGAUAGUGCGACGAGUGGAGGAGAGGCUGGCUAGCAUUAGAGUUAGUGGAGCAGAUUAA